AGGCAAAAGUUUGGGAUCGAGAGUAUAAUUUCGUGUAUUUCUGUCCAAAAAAAAAAGAGAAGCUUGUGGCAGACACAACCUUCCCCUCGUAUGAUCGUGUCCUCCCAACCAAGAAAUCCACAAAAAGAUGGCAGCAUUUCUAGCUAAAGCCGCGGAGAAAGCCGGCCCAACCAUCCGCCGCCAAGCUCUGAGCUUGUCCGACGCCGCCGCCACCCGCAUACAGCAGCUCCUGCAACAACGCCAGCGCUCUUUCCUCCGCCUCGGCGUCAAGGCUCGCGGCUGCAACGGCUUGUCUUACACCCUCAACUACGCCGAUGAAAAGGGGAAGUUCGAUGAGCUCAUUGAGGACAAGGGAGUCAAGAUCCUUAUUGAACCGAAAGCCCUAAUGCAUGUCAUAGGCACGAAAAUGGAUUUUGUUGAUGACAAACUCAGGUCAGAAUUCAUUUUCAUAAAUCCAAAUUCUAAAGGGCAAUGUGGAUGUGGAGAAUCAUUCAUGACAACUAGCAGUUCAGAAGCUUCUAAACAAGGGCGCGGCUAGAUCAUUAAUGAUUAACUGCUUUUUGGUAAUUUACUCAAUUUACUCAGUUCGGCUGUUUGUUUUAACCUUAAAAAAGAAUAUUAUGGCAAGUGAGCAACAAAAGGAGAAAACUGUGUCUUUUAGAUGUUCAAGUAAUGUAUAUGUACAUUCUUUUGGUGGUUAUGUGAAGCUAAGAUUAUUGUAAAUAAAACAAUAAGAUAUCAUGUUGUACAUGAGUUUCUUCCAUGAGUUUUUUUUGGUGAUCCUGUUUAGUUUAUUUAUUGGUGGAGUGGAUUUCUUA